AUGAUAAUCGGAAAAAUUGGUAUUUCGCGAUUAAUGCGCUUUUUCAAAAGAUGUCGCUUAUCUUGCUUGACUUAUUCUACAGCAGCAGCUUCCAGUUCUGGAACCGGAAGUAUAAACGUCAGAGAAGCACUAAAUCAAGCUUUAGUUGAAGAAAUGGAACGAGAUGAACGAGUUUUUAUUAUCGGUGAAGAAGUAGCAGAAUACGACGGAGCUUAUAAGGUCACCAAAGGUUUAUUUACGAAGUUUGGUGGUAAUCGAGUAGUUGAUACACCAAUCUCAGAAAUGGGAUUUACUGGUCUGGCAAUUGGAGCAGCUAUGGCUGGACUAAGGCCAAUCUGUGAAUUUAUGACAUUCAAUUUUGCUAUGCAGUCAAUUGACCAAAUUAUUAAUAGUGCUGCAAAAACAUGUUACAUGUCAAGCGGAAAAGUUGUUGCACCGUACAGUGCUGAAGAUGCGAAAGGUUUGCUUAAAGCAGCAAUUCGCGACGAUAAUCCAGUAGUUGUUCUCGAACAUGAAUUACUCUAUGGUCGUAGUUUUGAAGUGUCCCCAGAAGUUCUUAGCAAAGACUUUUUGAUCAGUAUAGGUGAAGCUAAAAUUGAAAAGAAAGGUUCUUCCAUCACAGUCGUUGGGUAUUCUAAAAGUUUGGAUUUAAUUUUGGAUGCAGCUGAUCGUUUGAAGGAAUCCGGUAUAGAUGUUGAGGUGAUUAAUUUACGAUCUUUACGGCCACUAGACUUAGACACUGUUAUUACAUCUUUGAAGAAAACUCAUCAUUUGGUGUUGGUCGAAUAUGGAUGGCCAUUUUGCAGUAUUGGAAGCGAAAUCAGCGCAGAGGUGAUAGAAUCUGCGUUCGAUGAACUGGACGCUCCAAUAUACAGGGUUACUGGAGUCGACGUUCCAAUGCCAUAUGCUAAGCAUUUGGAAGAAGCCGCUCUACCAACAGUUGACGAUGUCAUUUCAACAAUAAAAAAAUCUUUACAUAUCAAAUAA